CUCGCGUAUCCCUCCCUGCCCUCCGUACAGCUCUGGGAAACAGCGCCCGCGUUACCAUCGGAAAGCCUAAGGUGCUCUAUCUCUAAGUAGUAGCCAUAGAGUCUUCUCGGAGGUUUCCUUUCUGAACCAAACGUUUGAGCUCCAGCAGACCGCCCUACACCUACCUCGGCCAGGGCCACAGUAUAAGCGAACACAAGGCAGGUGUGGGAGUCCGGAGGCCAGGUCCCAUCACCUUGCCAUACUGUCCUGUGCCACACAGUGAGCCUUGCCAUUCUUCGUUCGCCUCUCUGUCUCCUUCGGUUACUGGACGACAUGGUCACUUUUAUUCUUACACCUACCUUCGCGAUCUCGGCGUUUCUCGUGGGAGCUCUCCCGCUUGCAUAUGCCGCACCUCUACCGGCCGAUCUCCGUGACGCUAUCGUACUUCUUGACCGUGGGUGUCACCAGGCAGGAUGUUUGUUCGUCAAACCUAGCCGCUCGGUGUCGUCUACUCCCGUGGCCACAUCCACGUCCACACCUGCGGCUGUGACGACUCCUUCAGUUUCAGAUCCCUCCGACAUUGCCGAAGACCCUCCGGAUCCGGUAGCGGCAGUGGCACGGGCACUUGGCACGGCUAUAUCAAAUAUCGGUGAGUUCACCACGGUGUCAGGCGAGGCAGCGAGUGUCAGUCAGAUAUGACCUUGGAGCGAUGCGAGUUCGGUGGACUGAGUACCGAGAGUCAUGACUGGUCGUGGUCGUUUCCUCUAUGGGUUGCACACUACCAUUCAGCAGCAAUGCGCCGACGGGCGCGUCAGGUUGGUGAGGGUGUCGAGUCUUGCCUCAUCAUCCUCGGGCUAGCAACGCUUCGUUAGAGCCUAGCUACCCUCCCCAUUCUCAUUUUCCCAUCUCUUCCACAUGCCUUCCUUCUCCUCGCCUCGCCUCGGUCUCUUGCUAUCAGUUGCCCGCGAUCCCUCCAUGGACUUGUACUCACGCCCAGAUCGCGCCUUGCCACCCUCUUCCUUCUCGUCCUGCUGCUUUUUCCAAAGCGCUGCCUCUCCUUCAUCCCCUGUUAGGUCAUUAGGUUAUUGAUAUC